CAUCCUAGUAUCUAUCAAUAACCCGCGUCUUUAUUACCUACCUGUUUAAAAUGCUGUUUUCUUCUCUACUUGCUCUCACCGCUCUAGUUGCUUCUCCUGUUUUUGCCCAUUUUAAACUUACCAACCCACCUGCUCGUGGAUCUGAUGAGUUGACUCAAGAUCAAGGUCCUUGUGGUGGAUAUAAUACUCCCCAAACCAGUCGUCCUGAUUUUAAAAAAGAUUCCAAGGUUUCUAUUCGCAUGGCUGAUAAAACUGCUGAAGCUACCGUGUAUCUUGGUACAGGUGGUAACCCCACUUCGUUCCCUUACCAAAUAGGCCACCAAUCCUUUACCAAGAUAGGUGUUUAUGACAUGAGUGUCGAUUUUUCCAAGCUUCCUGCUUCGGUCAAGACUGGCUCUGUCGCCACUGUUCAAAUUAUCCUCAAGGGCGAUCACGGUACUCUUUACCAGUGUGCCGAUGUCAAGGUUGUUCGUUAAGCCCGGCUUGACAUGUUAUUUUACUGUCAUAUUCACGCAAAAUAGAACACUUCUGCAUCCACCUUGCAGUUACUGCCUCUAUUUUACUUUGAAAUAAACAAUGGUUAAAUCUUU